AUGCUUUAACUCAAAGAUUAGACGAGAAAGGGAAUGGUUUACGUGAAUUAGAAGAGAAAAAUGCCAAGCUCCGAAAGGAAGCAUCUAGAUAUCAAUCAGCCCUUGGUGUUGCAACGAAUGUUCGCCUUGGUGACGAUGAUCAGAAUCAUUCGGUUCAAUUAAAACGUGACAUCGAAAAUUUACAAAGCGCAUUAGAAAAUUAUGUAACACAUUUGAAACCUAAUAUGAAUAUUGACGUUGAAAAAGUACGAGCCCUUGCAAAGGAAUAUGGUUGUAUGAAUAAAGUUACUGAAAGAAACUUAGAUAAGUCCUUCAUUAAAGCAAUCCUACAACGCAGAACAUUGGACCUGGUGUUAUCCUAUCGGCCACAGUUAUCUAAACAUCAUGGUAAAGACUAUGCACUUGAAUCGGAUGUUGAGCUAAAAAUGAAAGACUUAUUAGACCUAAUCAAUGUGUUAACGAAAUCUCGCGAUGGAAAUGAUAAAGUAACUGACGCGACAAUAAUAAAGAUACGUCAGCAAGUUUACGGGAUUCUGGGUAACCGUGGAUUUAACGAUAUAAUCCGUAAUGAUAGAUUCUUUAUACAUAAUCUUAUAUUUCACAUUAGUGAGAAACUCAAUGAAAUGAUGAACGAAUAUCGUAAGAUUAAUGACGUGAAUAUGAAAAAUCGAGUUGAGUCGAUGGCGCCAAAACUUGUUCGAGAUAUUUGCAAACUAUUUUGGUUUCGCGUAUACGUUCAAGAGCCAGCACUGGAAUACUUUUUUUUCCCUGAGAAUGUUAUAAUCGAUCAAAAUAUGAUGGAGGGAAAAUGGAAUGACGAUGAAACUAAUCAAUUACACGUGGAUAUUUGUUAUUUUCCAAUGUUCGGAUCAAGUUUGCAAUCUUCGGAUAGAAAAAUACACACGCCUGCAAGAGUGUUUCCACAAAAAAAAAAUUAA